AUGGCCCUGAGCGCUGAACGGAUCUUUGCGGCAACUUCUCGCAAGUCCCUUCGCGUACACUGCCCCAUGAAACUGGCCGCCAGUGGCAUUUACGGUUACUUACGAAGCCGAGCGUGUGACUCGGAAGAGAAUCCCGUCUUCGACGUGGACAGGCUCUGGUCCGUCGAUGCUCUUUGCAUCAAGGCAGGAAGCCCUUGUAUGGUGGUUGUCUACUUCCUUCAUGACACCGCCGAGCACAUGGACAGCUGUUGGAAACAGUUGGAGGCGUCUCUGGCCGUCGACGCCGACGUUUACCGCUUUGCCCCCGGUGACGCAGGCGGGGCUGGUCAUUCCGCUGCAUUCUUGUUCAGCCACCUCUCACCAUUGGUGGGACCUAUGACCUACCGAGAGGUUCAAUUGGCUGUCGAGCAUUACCUUGGCUGGUGCUCCAAGUUGGACAGGAACAUUCCCGCUGGAAGAGUGCGCAGCGGAUGA